AUGCAAGGGUCCAGAGCGGCCCAACUUCUGACAAUAGAGCUAAAAUACAAAGUAAAGGGGGAGAGGAAUGGUGAAACAAGGUGUACGUUUUACUCUAUUACAAGUGAGAAUGUAAACUUUGAUCUUUUACAGUAUUACGUUGUGCAAUGGUGUAAAUCUUAUAUUAAUUACUUACAAUACUGCUACAUGGAUGACGAACACAGUAUCCAUGUCAACGAGAGAAACUUCACGGUGGACGGCGUUUUGGCCAGCAGUACGUACAAAAUAAUUGCCUAUGCUGUAACAGCUGAUGGUUCUGGUCAAAAAUCAAUAAUUCCAAAGACAGUGCCACCGCUAAAUCUAAAAGUGAGCUACGCUUACUCUUACAUGAGUGGGGCGAGGUAUGGAUUGCAAGUGUACUUGUCCUGGAACAGUGUGCACGCCAGCGAACCAGUGGUGAGUAAUAAACAUCUAUGUAUUUUCUAUAUAAUUUUACCCUCGAUAACUCGAACUUUUUUCUAUUCACUGUCUAUUUCCCUUGAAGGUUCGAAUUAUCGCGAGUCGACCAUCGACUGUAAACAAAUUGUGAUAUCUGGACCUUGAUAAUUCCAGAAAUCACAGAAACCUAAUAUAAUAACUUUUUCAUUAAAAAGUACAGUAUAAAAUUUACAUUGUUUUUAAGAAAAUUGUAAUGACAAAUACACCAUCGCACGGAACACAGUUCGACAUUGCUACGUACGGAACACAGUUCGACAUUGCUUUUGGAACUAUGCAUUGCGCUCACAACCUACAGAUUAGUCGGUAAUCUGCCAGCAGAUAACUAACUAAUUUGUAGGCUGCGCUGAUUUGCAAAAUCAACGGCAGGUUUCUUAACAAUAGGCUCAUGAGUCAGUGUCCAAAUGUAGAUAGAUGUUUAAGAGUUAGACUAGCCUCUUGAGUGCUCCUAAACUUCCUAAGUGCUUCAUAUCUCGACCAGUACGGAUAGAUAGAGCAUGAACUAAUUGUUUUACAACGUUUUCAAUGCGACCAAUUUUAUGUUAACUACUGCAUAACACCAGCCUGAGUCACAGACGAAAUUGGUUUUGUUCACAACCCUUCCCCCCUCCCCCCGGAGAAAUACAAAAAUAAUGCGGAUAUUGUUAAAACAGAUAGGUGGUAUUUCACUUGAGCUCACUGACCAUGUCCUUUCUUUGGCAGCGAUACGAGUUGAGAUGGAGAUGUUUAUACCGUUACCUCUGUGAUUACUGGCACACACGCGUCGUUAACUCAACCUUUUCAUUGGUUAAUGUUAGACACUAUGAUACUUCGUACGAGUUUGGGAUCACCGUCCUCACAUCACAUGGCAGAGGUACCCCCUACCAACUGUCACAAUUUGUUCCACCAAUAAAUGGAAUGCCCAGAGAUUUUUACUGUCAGGUUACAGCAGAUAACACUGUUCUUACCUGCCACUGGACCCCACCCACAGAUUUUGAUCCAGAUGCAGCUGAAUUCAAUGUAAGUAGCAAUUAGAGAAAUAAUGUUAACUUUUUUUUAUGAUUUCGCACGCCAAGUGAAAAAUAUUCUUUCAAAAAAAAAGGAAACACAAUUUGAGUUGAGGCGGAAAACAUCAAAGUGGUAAUUUUAAACUUUACAGUCAAAGACGCGCUUCGGAUGGGGUAGAGUGACAUAGUUUAAACGAAUGCUUGCCAACUCCGACAUGAUUUCUUUUAAUUACUGUAAAACUGACCUUUAGAUGGUCUUUUUAGGGGUACUAUGACAGCACACUAAAACAUUUGUGUAAGGUAGUGUCUGAAAUUUUUGAGGGGAGGGGGUGGUAAGCUGGGGAACGGUACAAGGAGGGGUGAUGUGGUGUAUCCUUUUCAUGCUCCUUUAUCACCCAUCCUUGCAAACUGUUUCCUUUCUUUCUUUUCAGUACUACUGGCUUAAGUACAGGUGUAAUGAAUGUCAGACGUACAGUUACAAACAAAUUUAUCGCCUCAGUACAACUUCUACUCGUAUAUCUGUGAGCAGGGGAAAGCGGUGGACGGUAAUGUUGCAGGUUCGCACGAGGUAUGGAGAUGGUGAAUGGGCAAAAACAACUGUGGUUGCAUGUUCAUUGGUUGUAAUGAGACCAGUUACAGACUUGGAAGCACGAUUAGAUGCACAUAAUAAGACCCUUGUCAGUCAUCUUACCUGGAAAGCUCCGCACGAUAUCAGGAAUCUUCAGGUAAAAAAAAAAAAAACACCAACACCAACAACUGAAAAUGAAAAACCUUGUAAUGAACGUAAAUUGAAUAUGUAUUCGGUAAAAGAAAAAAGAUUGCCACAACUGGUAGCGAUAGUUAGACUGUCGUGGAAACCGUACAUACCAUAAAUUGACACCGCCCUUUAUCUCGUCAUCUGGAACAGUGACAUAUCCGCUCAGACUGUCUGCCUUUAGUAUGUAUAUGGCGGGAAAUUCGUUACUCUUUUUUUAUUAUAAGGUUGUAUUAACAAGUACAGUGGAACUGGCUCGAUAUAGCUGGGAAGGGCCAAGGGACUGGUACUGAGAUGUUGUUCCUCAAGGUGACCGUUGUGGAGAGGUUCAAUUAAUAGAAUUUGCUCAGAUCAGAUAUUAAGAACUGUUCCAAGAAAAGUUGGAAUGCCGGAUCUCGUUGUCGCUUUCAAGAAAAAGUGGGCCAAAGCCGUCCAUGCUGAGAGACUGACAAAGUUUCCACUAUUCACUAGAAUCUUUAAGUAAGUUGGGAGGAAGGGAGGGCGCUCAUUCAGUUCCUAAAAUAAGACGGGGUACCGGCCUCUAAAAUAUUUACAUUUUUUGCCCCACGGGCCUCAGUUUGCUCUAAAAAUAUGCUGGGAUCUGGGAGUUAAUUAGCCUUUAGGGAAGGACCAUUAUUUUUUUGACGGGGGAGGAGGAUGGGAAAAUUUUGAAAUGAAGACUAUAAACACGGGAAUAAAUUGUAUGAAAGUAAAACAAAAAGUAUUUGCAGGAAGACAGAGACACACGCAAAAAUAUUGUUUGCAGCAGGAGCCGCAUAUAACGCUUCCCCUUCCCCGUCCAAAAAUAAUGGUCCGUCCCUUAAUAAUUACUUCUCUUCUUUUGUAUUUUGGUCAGAAUUACUUGGUAAUUACAGAAUGUGAAGGCGACUGCAUUGCUAGUGCGACUAGGCGCGUUACAUUACGGCCAAGUCUGGACCUGAAUCUCUGUUGUGGUAACAAUUAUACCUUUACCGUUAAAAUACAAAGCACAUGUGGAACUGGUCCAGGCAGUAACAUUUCUGUCUCUAUGAAACCUCCAGCUGGUGCUGUAACUAAUCUGACAAUCAGGUUUAUUGCUGGAAGCAGUCGCAUAGAGGAUGCCUUUCUGCUGAGAUGGAAUCUACCCAAACAAACAAACACUACUAGCAUUGAGGUAAUAAUAAUAAAAUAAUAAUAAUAAUAAUAAAUAUUUAUAUAGCGCCUAUACUUUUCAGUGUUAAGAGCUUUACAAUGGUUCAAAAAGGUAACAGAUUACGCGCUUAGAUACCGUUCACCAAGUCCCGGUUGUUCAAACGAUGGAUAGCGCUAUCCACCCGAUAAAUUUUUAUCCAGCGGAUAACACAAUUAUUUCCGGUAAUACUUAUCCGCUGGACACUAGUUUAUCCGGUGGAUACUGCUAUCCAACGUUUGAACAGCGGAGGCCAUGGGUCCAAACCUUCCGCCUCCCACACCUUUCAUUCCCAGCUCCUGCUCCUUUUUUCUUAGCUUCCUCCCAUCCGGGAAAUAUUAAACAUCGUUGCGUCAUUACUUCCGCUUUCUACCCUUUUCAGAACUUCCAUCUUCUGCCCUUUCCUCGGCCGGCCUCCAGUAACCCUCCCACCUUAUGUCCUCCCCCACAAUAAACAUUUCUCGUUUCCAUACAGAUCGUAGCUAAAAAUGGUCUAUUGUACCCGCUCAUCUCUAGGUGAUGCGACCGAAACCACACCAAACAGUUUGCGCAUAAUAGCUAAAUUUUCAGCGUGACAUUUUCGGGUCCGCGAAAUUGGGAAAGCGGAAACACGAAAACAAAUUGGAAGAUCACAUGCUCAUAUUUUCGAGUGCCUCACACUUACGCGUCAUCCCUACUAUCUGAAAGCCUGGAACAGGCUAGCGUUUAACGUGAUGUCAUCCGGAUCACACAGGAGUGAAUACCCCAAUCGACUGCACAUGCUUCUCUUGCUUCUGACCUUACAUCCGAAAAAGUUUGGCUUUUCCCGCUGUUGUAGAGAGUAGCGUGCUGGCUUGCAAAAUCUCGCCAACAAUUACUGGCUAGCACUGUAUUGUUGCCCACCAAAAAUAGCCUAUGACAGCUUCUUUAUUUUUCAAGCAGUGGCAACAUGAUCAGUUACAGCGUUUGUUUUACUCUGAACGAUAUCAUUUUUAGUUCUGUCAGAUCACAAUGUGGGCCAAGAAUACAGGACAGAUUGCUCACAUCAUCCGGACUGACGGAAAUUCAAGCCAUCGGAUUAUAUUCCGAAAGAACCACGAGGAGCUGUUUAGACAAGGCCAGUAUUACGUUUUCCAAGUUCGUUGUAAAACAUUGUGUGGUUACGGACCAAGCAACUCUGGCACGGGAUUUUACCCAGGUGCGUUCUUCUUCAUUUGCCAGCGUGGUGGCCUAAGCCUUCUCUCUUGCCCGCUGUCCGCUUGAAGUCUGAGAAAGGGAGCGAGUCUUUCUCGGUGAUGUCAAAGCUCACAGUAGAGUCAAUUUACCACUCCAAACAAUACCAUAACAUACCGUAAUGCUCUUUGUUUGUCACCCCAAAAAUUUUGCAUAAGCAUUGUCUUCAGUUUCUCUUGUUAGUUAAAAUGGCCCCAAGAAAAACUGAAAACAAUGCUUAUGCAAAAUUUUGGGGUGACAGACAAAGAUCAUUAUGGUAUGUUCUGGUAUUUUCUGGAGUGGUCAAUUCAGUUGACUCUGCUGGGAGCUGGGAGCUGUUUUAAUAUUCAGGGUGGUGAUUUUCAACCUGGUUCCCAGGGUCUCUCGUCUUCUUGUUCCCUUUUGGCGAGAUAAAAGACCCUGGAAACGAGAUUGGGUGCUGUGUGCGGUCCUGUUUUUGGUCCAAAAAACUACGUGAAAACUGAUUUGAUUUAAGAGAAGGCUCAAGAUAAAAAGCUAAAGUUUACUUGCAAGUAACUGAUGCGCAACCCUGAGCCAUCAAGACUUUGUACAGUAAGGGAAAGUUCAUUUAAUAUGACAAGGGGGGGGAUGAAGAUAUUGAAACUCGAAGCUUGAAAUUUUAGCAGCCCCCCUCGCUAGCGGUUCAAUUUUUUAGGGGCCCCCUCCUUGGUAGUCGAAAAAAUUUCAGAGCCCCCCCUCCUCCUUCAAUUCCUUUGCUCCCUGAAAAAGAUCGCUAGACUGUAUUAAAUAUAUUUACCAUUAUUGUCUUCAAUGGUUUAUACAAUGACAAACUUGAGAUACAGUUGUGAUACAAUUUUCUAAAGCAUUUUUGGGAUGAACAAGAGUGUAAUAAUUACUGAGACUACAUUUGUUAUAUCUGUAAACCACGUGAUAUAGCUGAGUUGCACAGGUCAUUAAAUUGUUGAGUUGAAAACCAUCCGAUCUGUAUGAUGAUGUCAUGUGUUGGUUUUGAAGUAUACAAAAUUUCGGAGCCCCCCCUCCUAGCGCAACAAUUUUUUCAGAGCCCCCCCUUCGGGUGUCUAAAAUUUUCGCCCCCCCUCAAUAUCUUCAUCCCCCCCCUUGUCAUAUUAAAUGAACUUUUCCUAACUGUGUACUUUUAUCCAAGAUUUGAAUUUCGCUAACCAUACCGCUCUUUGUUUUCUUAGAAUUUACGUCGUCCUCAACUCCGUUCUCACCGCUACCUUCCACUGUCGUAACGUAUCCUACAGCUGCUUCUGUUAAACCAACCAAAUCAGCUUUGUAUCAGUCACCAUCCCUAGCGCUACCUUCUGCUGUCAUUACGUAUCCAACGGCUGCAUCUACAACAUUGCCAGCUUACUCGGCGUCUGUUUCGCCUACAGAAUCAUCUUUGUACCACUCAUUGACUCCAGUGUUAUCUUACGCUGUCAUCACGUAUCCAACAGCCGGAUAUAGUACAACAUUGCCGUCUUACUCUGCGUCUGUUACGCCUACAGAAUCGCCUUUGUACCACUCACUGACUCCGGUGCGAUCUUCCGCUGUCAUCACGUAUCCAAAAGCCGCAUAUACAACAUUGCCAUCUUACUCUGCGUCUGUUGCGCAUGCCCAAUCACUUUUGUACCUUUCGCCAACUUCUUAUGCCACACUAGCAAUGGUGACGUGUACUUCAUCAACGAUAAAACCGUUUUCGGCAUCUCCCCAGCCUGCCCGCAGCCACCACAAGCAUAAACGGUUUCCGUAUUGGGCAAUAGCAACAACGGCCGCUGUUGGUGCAAUCGUUGUUUCGUUAGUCGUUUACAUUGUUCGUAAAAGGUGUAAGAAAGGCAGACGCAGUAUGCUAAAUUUCCUUCAAGCUGAUUAUUCUCAAGAUAUUCAGGAAAACAUCGAUGAAGGUAUAUCAAUAUAUAAGAGUCCAAAUCGCAUGGCUAAAACAAUGAAUUUUUGUUUCCUUUCAGGGGUUGAUUUCAAAACAGUUGUUGGUCAACUCAAGGAAUGGUAUAUCAGUGUCAGACCUUGUCGCGUCUGUUCAAAACGUAUUUAAAUGUUGCUUCCUUCCUUGCUUUGAUGACUUACUUUGUUUUUCUUAAUUUGGAGCUAAUUUGCUGUGACAAAGUUAUACUGUAAAUAAUGAUAAUGUAUUCCUAUACGUAAAUUGUCGAACAAGAUCUCCUCUUUGUAUCAAGCGGCGCCUGCCCCCUCCUGCUCUUUCAGUCGCGAGGCUCGAGACAACACAGCAUUGAUCAUGUUUUGUCGCUUGUGAGGCUUUUUUUCACUGUCACCGAUUAUUAUUUCUGUUCACUUCAAUAAUGUAACUUAGUAAACAAUUUUCGGAUCCAUUUAUUGUUAUCGUUCCUUAGAGGGCAAAAUAUCUUGCGUCAAAUUAAAGAAGCGCUUUCCGGACGAACAAGAGCUCAUUGCCUAAGCCCCCGACGCCCAGGAUGAUCAGAUCAUGAGGACUAUAAUCAGAGAAUUUACGAUAAACAAGUUUGCUUUUUGAUGUGCACCGGAGUGUUAUCUUGGUUGGUUGUAACAGAAACGUUCAGUUCAUUGGCCUCGACACAUAGUGAUAUUUAUAUAUUUGUUUCUAAUUGCAGAAAACAUGCCAUUGUUGUUGGAAAACUUCACUGAUGAUGACACAGUCCUCAUCCAGGCGUAG